CCCUUCAGCACCUUCUCAGCUUUGCCCCAAACAGUUCCAGUGCUACAAUCCAAAGCUAAAGCUAGGGUUUUAGGAUUCAUCCAAAAGAAAUUACAGAAGUUUUUCAGGAUAGCAUGGCUGAUGAACCCAGAUCGACCUCAUUGAAUGAGAACACAAAUGUUGUACCUGAUAGUUGCAAGCGGGGAGGUGAUUUUGAGGAUGCGGACUCCGUAUUGGUUGUCAAGAAGUUAAAAACUGAGGCAUUGAGUGUGGAAAAUGCGAAGGAAGUAGGGAAAACCCAUUUAGAUGUGGCAAGUUGUCAAGAAUACUGCAAACCAGAAGUUUCUAAUCAAGGAAACAAUGACAGUCAGGUGUGUGAGCAGAAUGGUUGUUCGCAGGAGAAGCAAAGUGCGAGGAAAGAGCAUUUUGAGAUUGAAGCGGAUGCUGCAGAAGAUAAGGGUUCUAGGCACAGCAUGGAGGAUGCAUGGGUUGUGCUUCCUGAUGCAAGCUUGGAAUUUCCAGGGAAAUUGAGAUGCGCACAUUUUGCAAUCUAUGAUGGACAUGGUGGUAGGUUAGCUGCUCAGUAUGCCCAGAAGCAUUUACAUGCAAAUGUUCUUUCGGCAGGCUUACCACGUGAGUUGUUGGAUGUUAAAGCUGCCAAAAAGGCCAUACUAGAUGGUUUUCGAAGAACUGAUGAGAGUCUUCUUCAAGAAAGUUUGGCAGGGGGAUGGCAGGAUGGUUCAACAGCUGUAUGUGUUUGGAUAUUAGGACAAAAGGUAAGUAUGCAACUGGUCUUUUUUGCUAUCAUACUUGAAUAAAUAAUUCAACUUUGUUUAAACAACUUUCUUCGAAAGGUGCUUGAAGAUUUCGCUCAGCCUGUAGAUUAAGGGUAUGUAUAUCCUGAUAUUACUGAAUUUUAACAGUGGAGAACAUGAUUUGAGGUGGCUUGGU